CCAAAAUCCAAGCCCGCUAGACAGACCUACCUAGCUAGUCUCUUGUGAAUUUUCAAGAGAAACAGUGAAAGAAAAAUGGAGUCUGUUGCAGGAAUCAAACACAAUCAUCGAUUGCUGAAUCUAUCAUCAAAGACUAAUAUAAUACCAUUUCCAAAAUCCAUUUCAACAAUCUCCUUCUCAAAAACCUCUGCCAAAACGUCAUCUAUCCAAUUUCAUCAAAACCCUAACAAGAAAAAACAACCACAAUUUGAAACCCUAAAACCACUCUCUUCUUUUCUCAAAACUACCUGCGUAGCCAUUACUGCUACUGCUCUUUUCUUCAAUCGCAUGCAAAAACCCUCCAUUGCUGCUCCUGUUUCUACACCCACGGUAGACAAGGAAAGUAUUACAGAAGAAACUGAUGAAGAGAAAGAAAGAGUGUUGGACGAGUAUUUAGAUUCAAACCCAGAUGAUGUUAAAGCCUUAAAAGCAGUAAUGGAAAUUAAAAUCAAAGCUGGAAAAGUGGAAGAAGCGAUUUCAAUUAUCGAUCGUUUGCUUGGAGCUGAACCAACUGAAAAGGAAUGGCCACUAAUGAAAUCUCAUCUUUUGAGUUAUAGUGGAGAUACAGAAUUGGCCAAGUUAGGGUUUGAAGAGGUCAUUUCUAGAAACCCUUUAGAUGUUGAAGCUUAUCAUGGAUUAGUAAUGGCUGCAUCUGAGUCAGAAUCAGGUGAACUAGAUAAUGUAUUGAAAAGGAUUGAAAAGGCUAUGGAGAUCUGUAAGAAAGGAAAGAGAAAACAAGAUGUAAGAGAUUUUAAAUUGUUGGUUGCACAAGUCAGAGUUCUUGAAGGUAAAUAUACAGAUGCUUUGAAAAUUUAUCAACAACUUGUUAAGGAAGAACCAAGAGAUUUCAGACCUUAUCUUUGUCAAGGUAUUAUUUAUUCAAUGUUGAAGAAGCCUGAGGAAGCUGAAAAACAGUUUAGUAUUUAUAGAAGACUUGUUCCGAAAGGACAUCCUUAUGCUAAGUAUUUUCAAGAUACCAUGACAACGAAGAAGUUGUAGAGGACUAGAAGUGAUUGCAGAACAAGACAUGGCGUUUAGUAUCUGGUAAGGGCAGUUUUUGAAUGAUAAAACUAGGUUAGUUUUUUUUUUUUUUUAAAAUUGCUUGCUGAAUUUGUUAUAAAUGUUAGUUAGUUCCUCUAGUAUAAUUUUGUAGCUUCUUAUGAUGUUAUUGAUAAUGUUUCUCGUAGUGUUUCAUCAGUGAUAUGGUUAGUUCAGCAUCUAA